GUUACGGAUUGGAUUUCUAGCAAGCUUCUCACCACAGUGAAAAGACAAGCUGAUGUGAGAAAGGAGCUAUGUCCAUUACGGGAAGAUGCCGCGUGCCCCAUCUCCUGGUUCUUCUCACACUCGUGUUCGGUGGGGAGCGAAUCGAGGCACAAAGAGCAGAAGGAAGAGUUGAGGUAUCUGGCUGUGAAUGAUGCUACACCUCGAGGACAGAAAAUGUUUGUAGACCUACACAGUUUAUUGGUACAAAAGCCCAAAGGUUGCAAGAAUGUUCACUAUGACCUUGUCUUCAUCUUGGAUGCCUCCUCCAGUGUCGGAAAAGAAGAUUUUGAGAAAGUUCGGCAGUGGGUGUCUAAUUUGGUGGAAACUUUUGAGAUUGGCCCAGACAAAACCCGUGUAGGUGUGGUGCGAUACAGUGAUCGUCCAACCACAGAGUUUGACCUGGGAAAAUACAAAACCCGUGAGGAGAUCAAAGAGGCUGCACGAAAAAUUAAGUAUUAUGGAGGUAAUACAAACACUGGAGAUGCUCUGAGAUACAUCAACACCUACAGUUUUUCCAAAGAAGCUGGUGGGAGACUUAGUGAUCGAAGUGUUAAAAAAGUAGCUAUCCUUCUGACUGAUGGAAGGAGCCAGGAUUAUGUCUUGGAUCCAGCCACUGCAGCCCAUCAGGCUGGGAUUAGGAUCUUUGCUGUGGGUGUUGGCGAAGCCUUAAAAGAGGAACUUGAUGAGAUUGCUUCAGAGCCUAAGUCUGCUCAUGUGUUUCAUGUCUCCGAUUACAACGCCAUUGAUAAAAUUCGGGGGAAGCUGAGAAGACGUCUCUGUGAAA